AUGCAAUCAAAACUCGCGCAACCGCUCACGCGCGCCUGGAGCGGGCGAAUUUAUCGAAACUGCCAAACCUUCCGCCUACUGUCCAGUACCCCUCAGCCCAGCAGCAGACUCCGCACGCGCCUGGAAAUCCCCCCUCCCUUCCCCGUUACGAAGACAUGCCCUGAACCAAGCUGCAAUUGUCCACCCACGCCCGCCCUGCCGGAGGGCUUACCGAUCGACCAUGAACAAGCCUUAAAUGGGACGAUGGCUGCCUACGCGCAGCAGCUUCUCAUCUGCACGGGACAACCAGACUGGACUAGUCGCAUUGAGGAGGAUGGUGAGAACAAAGGCUGGGGCAACCUUGUGAGAGGACUGAAGAGCCUGCUAGGUCGUGGCGGGCCAUAUCUUGAUCCUUUCAACAAUGUCUUGGUCACGAAUUCAUCCAUCGCCCCAGCUGCAAGCUCCUCCCCCGCCUCCGCCUCCGCAUUCCUCUUCCCCAGCUUUAAAUACAUCCCCUCAAUACCCGUAAACACAACCUCAUCACCCGACCAAACAACCGACCUGACAACCUUCGUACGCGCAUAUCUUCUCCCAGAACGAAUCCACGACAUGCACUCCUCUCUCCCCGCUACAAAACAAGCAGACAUGACCCGAUCCCCGGACCUAGCAUCAAAAUUCCCGGAAGUAAUCGACAUCAACCACUCUCCAAUAGUGUUAAUAUGCGGGCACGGAGGUCGCGACAUGCGCUGUGGUGUCAUGGCCCCCGCCUUGGAAAGCGAGUUCAAGCGCGUGCUACAAUCACGAGGAUUCACCUCCGUGGACGGUGAUGGGACCACGGUGGAUGGCCCCGGCCACGCUAAUAUUGGUCGGAUCAGUCAUAUUGGAGGACAUAAAUACGCAGGCAAUGUGAUUGUUUAUAUCCCGCCGAAGAUGACCGUGGGAACUUCUUUAGAACCUCACCCGCUGGCGGGUAAGGGGAUCUGGUACGGCCGCAUUGAGCCCAAGCAUGUGGAGGGACUUGUCGAGGAGACUAUUCUUGGCGGGAAGGUAGUUGUGGAUCAUUUCCGUGGUGGCAUUGACAGGAAUGCCAUGCAAUCCCUCUCACGACUCCGAUUAACCAGCGCCAUCGCGCCUGGCCGCAUUUACACGCGUCCAACUCUACGAGCCCUCUCACCAGUUUACACCCUAACCCGACUAUCCAGCACCACAACCCGCCGCCUGGACCUGCCCGCCCUCGACAGAAAAUGGCAAGAAAAAUGGGAAAGCGACCGCACGGUACCACGCUCAACCCCCGACGCAACAGAUAAACCCAAAUCAUACAUCCUGUCCAUGUUCCCAUACCCGUCCGGCACGCUGCACAUGGGUCAUCUGCGCGUGUACACGAUCUCCGAUGUGAUCUCGCGGUUCUAUAAAAUGCGCGGACAUGACGUGCUCCAUCCUAUGGGGUGGGAUGCAUUUGGACUGCCGGCGGAGAACGCGGCGAUUGAGAGGGGUGUUGAUCCUGCGGUGUGGACGUAUGAGAAUAUUUCAAAGAUGAAGGAGCAGUUGAGGUGUAUUUCAGCAGAGUUUGAUUGGGAUCGGGAACUGGCUACGUGUUCCCCAGAUUUCUAUGAGCAUACUCAGCGCAUCUUUUUGAUGUUAUAUCAGAAGAAUUUGGCGUACCAGGCGGAAGCGCUGGUUAAUUAUGACCCUGUUGAUAAGACUGUUUUGGCAAAUGAGCAGGUUGAUGCCAAUGGAUUCUCGUGGAGGUCUGGGGCUAAAGUUGAGAAGCUGAACUUGAAGCAGUGGUUCUUUAAGAUCACUGAUUUCAAGGAAGCACUUCUGAAGGACCUCGAUUCUCUUGCUGGGGGAUGGCCGGAGCGUGUCCUGUCGAUGCAACGCAAUUGGCUUGGGAAGUCUUAUGGUGCCCAGGUGACAUUCCCUGUGACCAUCGGACGGGGUGACCAAGUCGACGUGAAUGUAUUCACUACUCGGCCAGACACUUUGUAUGGUGUAGAGUAUCUGGCACUCUCUUUGAACCACCCUAUUGUGUUGAAGGCUGCCGAGAAAGACGAGGCACUUCGCAAAUUUCUGAGUGAUGCUUCGUCGCUUGCACCGGACUCCAAAGCAGGAUACCGGUUAUCCGACGUUGAGGUGUCUCAUCCAUUAUGCAAGAUUGACACAGAAACCCCUCAUUUGCUAAGGAAACUUCCUGUCUUUGUGGCUCCUUACGUCCUUAGUGACUAUGGCGAGGGAGCAGUUAUGGGUGUUCCGGGCCAUGACACCAGGGACAUGCUGUUUUUCAAGGAAAAUGUGAACUCUGACUCGAUCCCUAUUGUUAUCGAGGCUGAGCCAAGUGGCAAUGAGGCAAACAGUAGUGUCGUGCCGACGUCAGACACAAAAGCUUUUACCCAAGAGGGCUUCUUAACCUUACGCUGUGGAAAAUACCAAGGGUUACACUCUAAGGAGGCAUCAAAACGGAUUGUCAAUGACCUGGAGCAGGUCGGUCAAGCUGCGUUCGUCGAGAGCUGGCGCCUACGGGAUUGGUUGAUCAGUCGCCAGCGAUACUGGGGUGCGCCCAUCCCUAUCAUCCACUGCGGGGACUGUGGACCUGUGCCGGUGCCUGGCAAAGAUCUUCCAGUAAAGCUGCCGAAGAUCGAAGGAGAGUGGCUUAAGGGAAAGAAGGGAAAUCCUCUGGAAUCCUCAGAGGAAUGGCUUCACACAAAAUGCCCCAGUUGCAAUGGUCCUGCUCGACGCGAUACAGAUACUAUGGAUACCUUCGUGGACUCGUCCUGGUACUUCUUGCGGUUCUUGGACUCUGUUAACAAGGAAGCCCCAUUCUCUCCUGCAGUGAUGCAGCCUGUGGAUGUGUACAUCGGUGGUGUCGAGCAUGCCAUUCUGCAUCUUCUCUACGCUCGAUUCAUCUACAAAUUCCUCUCUCAAUCUGAGCUAUCCCCAAAUAGGAAUUCUGCUGCACCCGCAGAGCCAUUCAAAGUGCUUCUUAGCCAAGGCAUGGUCCACGGAAAGACCUUCACUGAGCCCUCGACAGGCCGCUUCCUUCUCCCGUCGGAAGUUGAUUUGACCAAUCCAGACAAGCCUUUGAUAAAGGGAACACAAGUUUCCCCUAAUAUUUCCUUCGAAAAGAUGUCCAAGAGCAAGUACAACGGCGUGGACCCUACCACCAUAACAUCAAAGUACGGCGCCGAUGCUACUCGCGCACACAUCCUGUUCUCCGCACCCGUCAGCGAAGUUCUAGAAUGGGACGAAACCAAGGUCGUCGGCGUCGAGCGCUGGUUCAACCGACUCUGGAAACUCGUCCAAGAUACCCAGCAGACCCUAACGGAGGCAUCAUUCUCCGUCUCGGAAGCAGACCUGAAAUCCUCUACUACCCACGUUACUCCCCUCCCGUCAUCACUGCAAGACCUGAGUGACUCGGACGCAGACGCAGUCCUAGCCACACACAACACCAUCGCAUCCGUCACGACCUGCAUCGAAAGCAACCCCUACGGUCUGAACACAGUCAUCUCAGACCUGACAAAGCUGACUAACACCCUGGCCUCCACACCCGCCUCCUCCCCUCUCAUCCUAUACCUAUCAAUCUCAUCCCUCCUCCGUUUACUAGCUCCCAUCACCCCAGCCUUAGCUUCUGAAUCAUGGGAAGUCCUGCACGCCACCGCAAAUACCUCUACAACACCAGUACCGUCAAUCCUUUCAUCUCUCUGGCCCAGCACCCUCCUCACACCCGAACAAGCCGAAACUCUCUCCUCCCGCGGCGGCCAAACCGUCGCUGUCCAGAUCAACGGAAAGCUCCGCUGUGCCGUGACCAUCCCGCGCAUGGAGGCUCCGGCGGCAGCGUCGCAGGGCAAGAAUACUCCUUCGCAGGAAGAGCAGGAUUGGAUUGUCAGUCGAGUGUUGGAGACUGCUGAGGGGAAGUCGUGGCUUCAGGAGAAGAAUGACUGGGAGAAGAGACGGCGGGUUAUUGUUGUUAAGGGAGGUAAGCUUGUUAAUGUUGUUUUCUGA